AUGACGUGCUUCGCAGAGCUAAGUAGGCGCUGGAGCUCGACAAGGUCGGAACCCGAGCCUGAUCGACGUUCAUCGGGUCUGCUCGGCUACCUGAUGCCGUUCUACCUGUGCCCGGUACUUUAUUCGGGCACCAAGGAGAGCAGAAGCUUCUACUGCGUCCUGGUGAUGAUGUCAUGGUGGCUGCUGCGUACCAUGCCCAAGCCUGUGCUUGCCUUUCUGCCCACCAUCGCUCUGCCAUUGUUCGGAAUCAUGGGACACGAGCAGAUCGCCUCCAACUACCUCUCGAUGGACGUGCUGACGGCCGCGCUGCUGCUCUGGCUGGUCCUGGCGGGCGACGACACGGCGACCGUGGGUCGGCUCAGCUGCGCGCUGGUCGGCCGCUUCGGGGGCCGCGCACGGCCCGUGCUGGCCAUCCUCACGGCCGCCACGUUCGUGGCCUCGCUGGUGCUGCCACAGAGCCUGGUCUCCGUGCUUGUCACGUGCCUGGCGGAGCGGGUCUACAAGUUCGAGCACGAGCACGGACUCCAGGACGUCCAGCGAUGCCUGGAGAGCGCUGUGGCUGACGACGCAGUGGGCCACACAACCGAGGUGGAGACAUUGUGGCUGUACGAGGAACUUGCUGUUGCACUCUGGAAGCGUCAUCGUGCGGGCCUCGAAGAUCCGGAUCCCACAGAGUGCUGGGACGACCAUGACGCCGCUGGACACAACGCCAAGAACCCGAAUUUGGGCGCCCUGCCGCGCAAGAUGUCCAUUCUGAAACAGCCCAAGAGGAUCAUCAGGAAGGAAGUGCGGCGUGUCUCUCUCUUGACAGGCAAUGAGGAAGUCGCGCCGAGGUAUGCUGCUCAUCCAUCAGACGUCGCGCUUAGUUACCAUUCCUGUAUUGUUGGCGGACCACAAUGCGGCCGUGCGGCCUUUAAAGAGCCCCUCACCAGGUCUAGCCAUGUUGAGCUGACAAGCGCAGAGCAUAUAAUGCGCGCAAACGAUCCCGAUGAGUUGCAGACCCCGUCGCCAGUGGAACAACCGGAGGGCGAGCAGCCCGAGGGCAACGAAAUCGAAUGCAAAGAGCCCCAAGGCAAGCACCACAAGGGCAAGCAUCCUGCAGGCCGGAAGCUACGUACUACAGUAUUCGGCUCCAGGAAGCACCGCCGCCAAUCGUUCGCCGAAAAGGCGCACGUCUUCAAGGACAGCGAUCGGCUCCACGUGCCCCAGGACCAGCGACACGAGGUGCCGCCUUCUCCACGGCACUUGCUCAACGCCAGCACCAGACAACCCUCAGUCGUCAGGUGCGACCCACGCUCCACAUUUGAACAGCGAACUGAUUCGCGGGGUUGCCGCGAUGCGCAGCUGACUUAA